CCCCCGUGAAAGACUGCCGGGCGCAUGCGGCCGUGGUUGUCUACUGGCUGCCGGGCCCUCACCGCGCGCCUCGCUGACCGAGCUCUGUAGCUGACAGGGUAUCUGAAGCCGGCCUCAGGUAGGCUGACUCCAGGGACCCCGGGGGAACUGUUCUCCAGUGCACCAGUUGGCGGCGCGAGCUGAGUCCGGCGCGGGACAGCGCGGCUGACAGACACCGCUCCCCACCAAUCAGGGGUCAAAAAGGAAAAUGAAGUACAUUCUAGUUACUGGCGGAGUUAUAUCAGGAAUUGGAAAAGGAAUCAUUGCCAGCAGUGUGGGCACAAUACUGAAGUCAUGUGGUUUACAUGUAACUUCAAUUAAAAUUGACCCCUACAUUAACAUUGAUGCUGGGACAUUCUCUCCUUAUGAGCAUGGCGAAGUUUUUGUGCUGGAUGAUGGUGGGGAAGUAGACCUUGACCUGGGUAACUAUGAGCGGUUCCUUGACAUCCGCCUCACCAAGGACAAUAAUCUGACCACUGGAAAGAUAUACCAGUACGUCAUUAACAAGGAACGUAAAGGAGAUUACUUGGGGAAAACCGUCCAAGUUGUCCCUCAUAUCACAGAUGCCAUCCAGGAGUGGGUCAUGAGACAGGCAUUAAUACCUGUAGAUGAAGAUGGCCUAGAGCCUCAAGUGUGUGUUAUUGAGCUCGGUGGAACAGUGGGAGAUAUAGAAAGCAUGCCCUUUAUUGAGGCCUUCCGUCAGUUCCAGUUCAAGGUCAAAAGAGAGAACUUUUGUAAUAUUCACGUCAGUCUAGUUCCUCAGCCAAGUUCAACAGGGGAACAGAAGACUAAACCCACCCAGAAUAGUGUUCGGGAACUUAGAGGGCUUGGGCUUUCCCCAGAUCUGGUUGUGUGCAGGUGCUCAAAUCCUCUCGACACAUCAGUGAAAGAGAAAAUAUCAAUGUUCUGCCAUGUUGAACCUGAACAAGUGAUCUGUGUCCACGAUGUCUCAUCCAUCUACCGAGUCCCAUUGUUACUAGAGGAGCAGGGGGUUGUAGAUUAUUUUCUCCGAAGACUUGACCUGCCUAUUGAGAGGCAGCCACGAAAAAUGCUGAUGAAGUGGAAAGAGAUGGCGGACAGAUACGAUCGCUUGCUGGAGACGUGCUCUAUUGCCCUGGUGGGCAAAUACACCAAGUUCUCAGACUCCUACGCCUCUGUCAUUAAAGCUCUGGAGCAUUCUGCUCUGGCCAUCAACCACAAACUGGAAAUCAAAUACAUCGAUUCUACAGACUUGGAGUUGAGCACCUUACAAGAAGAGCCGGUGCGCUACCAUGAAGCCUGGCAGAAGCUCUGCAGUGCUCAUGGAGUGCUGGUUCCAGGAGGGUUUGGUGUUCGAGGAACAGAAGGAAAAAUCCAAGCAAUUGCCUGGGCUCGAAAACAGAAAAAGCCUUUUUUGGGUGUGUGCUUAGGAAUGCAGUUGGCGGUGGUUGAAUUUUCAAGAAAUAUGCUGGGAUGGCAAGAUGCCAAUUCUACAGAGUUUGACCCUAAGACCAGCCAUCCUGUGGUCAUAGACAUGCCAGAACACAAUCCUGGGCAGAUGGGCGGAACCAUGAGGCUGGGCAAGAGGAGAACCCUGUUCCAGACCAAGAACUCAGUCAUGAGGAAACUCUAUGGAGAUGUAGAUUACUUGGAAGAGAGGCAUCGCCACAGAUUUGAGGUGAAUCCAGUCUUGAAAAAGUGUUUGGAAGAGCAAGGCUUGAAGUUUGUUGGCCAAGAUGUUGAGGGAGAGAGAAUGGAAAUUGUGGAGUUGGAAGAUCAUCCUUUUUUUGUUGGGGUUCAGUACCACCCUGAGUUCCUGUCGAGACCUAUCAAGCCCUCCCCCCCAUACUUUGGCCUCCUCUUGGCCUCUGUGGGGCGACUCCCGCAUUACCUCCAGAAAGGCUGCAGGCUCUCGCCCAGGGACACCUAUAGUGACAGAAGUGGAAGCAGCUCCCCUGACUCUGAAAUCACUGAAUUGAAGUUUCCAUCAAUAAAUCAUGACUGAUCUGGUAAAGAAUGAUUCUUCAAGAGAGCCUUCAAACUUUGAGUUUACAGCUUUGAUUUUACACUCGGCUUUUGACACUUCCUUUAAAUUAUGUUUUUAUUAAGAUUAUUUUAUUAUGGGGUAAAUGUAUUUGGAAAACUCUGUCACUUGCAUGUCCCAUCACGUAUUCUGGCUCCUUCUACAUGAUGUGCUGCAUGUUGUACGACCCUCUCCUUUGCAGUUCUUGGGUUUCUAAGAGGAAAAGUGGAACAUCUAGACAGGAACUGAUGAUGGAUGGGGCCAGCAGAGUGCCCCAUUGAUCUCCUUGUUUCUCCAACUACCUCGCGUCAUUGUGGAUUUGAGUGCAUUGCCUGUUGCUGUCCCUUGGACAUCUAGACCGUUAUAAAGUGUGCCAUGUGGAUUUAACAAGCGCAGAAAGAUACUUUUAGCUUAUAACUCUUGGUGCUGGUAAACUGUGGGUGUUGCUUGCCACUGCCACUAAGAGCAGUGAAGCCGGAGACAAAUCUCAUUAGUGCCCUGAGUUGGGACUCGGUGCCAACUGUGGCUGGUCCUCAUUGUCCAAAGGGAUGGUCAGUUUGGUGUCAUGUGAAACAGCAAGAAAUCUGUCUCUGAAGUGUGAUUUUAAAAUCUCCGCGCCUCUGGCUGCGCUUCCUAUUCCUGGGGUUGGGAAACACUCCUUGCAUCAAGGGGUCACUUGAAGAAGAACAAAGAAUCUUUUGGGGAAUCUGCCUCUAAAACCCUCUCAUAUAUAGACAGCUUUGACUUGAGGGUACUUUUUUCUUCCAGGACGGUGUUACUGCAAUUAAAAUGCAAUAUGAAAAGCUAUUUUCUUAAUGUGACGUAAUAAUAGCCACAGCCACGUGCCUACUAUAUUCUGGCUGGACUUGAUGUGUGCUCUAACUUAAGAAAUAAAUAAUGCAGAACGUGA